AUGCACCCUCCAAUCGCCGACUUUCUCGGCAGCACUGCCUGCGAGGAGGUCACUGAUGCUGAAGAGGAGGCCUUCCUCCUGUUCAGUCUGGCCAUCCCCACAACCAACCUGGGGUUCGUCGAUUCCCGCGCUUCGUCCCUUGACGUGACGAUCAGUGGCAACGAGUACACCGUUCAUCAAUCCCCCACACUGCUUUCCUCGUCUCGAGCGGGAGGCACUACUGGCGCUGUUCUCUGGAAAAUCACUCCUCGCUUUGCAGAAUGGAUUUCCUCCCCAACAAACCCCCUCUGGACACAUUCCCUCUUAUCCUCGCGCUCGGUGGUGGCUGAACUGGGCUGUGGCAUCUCGGCGCUGGUCGCGUUGGCCUUGGCUCCCUCUGUACAACAUUACCUCGCCACGGAUCAGGAAUAUGUGCGGCGCGUGUUCCGGACUAAUCUUGAUACCAACGCUUCUGUGACAUCAGCUGGGUCUGCAUCUGGCCAACAAAAGGGCAGCAAGACCAGAGGCAGUAGUAGAUCCACGUCCAAAGGUAAGCAGCCCUCCAGGACCGCCAGCAAUAUCACAUUCACCACGUUGGACUGGGAACUCGACCAGCCGGAGCUGCUGAAAGAGUGUAUCGAGUCACAAUCUAGCGGUCAUGCCGGAGAGGACGAAGGCGGAGAAGAAGAAGAUCCAGGCUUCGACCUUCUGCUUUCUUGCGAUUGCAUCUACAAUGAAGCCCUAGUCGCCCCGUUCGUGCGCACCUGUGCCGAUAUUUGCCGUCUCCGGCCCGCCUAUGAGCCCUCCAGUGAGGAGACGUCGCAAUCCAGUCUUCAACCGACAGUAUGUAUUGUCGCGCAGCAACAACGAGCGCCGGAGGUAUUCGAGACGUGGUUGCGGGAGACUCUGCGCGAAUUCCGUGUCUGGCGGCUCAGUGAUGAGGUCCUUGGUGAUGGACUACAGGGAGGUACUGGGUAUCUUGUGCACCUGCUGCUGGCAAGGGAGAAGAGUUGA